UGAGCAUGCGCAAUAGAGCGCUGUAGGCAAGCCGUUCGGUAGCCGCGGAUGGUGCAGAGGAAGCUGGCGUUUGUUUGAUUUUAUCAUUGGGGGGCUCUUGAGAUUAAUACGAUUAUUUUGAUCGGUAAGCCAUUUAGAGAUGCUCUGUUUACGUGUGACACCAGAUAUGGCCCGUGGGCACCAGAAGUUUCAGUCCCAGCAGAAAAAUGCCAAAAAGCAGGCGGAGAUAAAGAAGAGCAAAGGGCAUGACCAGAAGGCAGCAGCCAAGGCUGCCUUGGUGUAUACCUGCACUGUAUGCCGGACACAAAUGCCUGAUCCUAAGACCUUCAAGCAGCACUUUGAAAGCAAACAUCCAAAAUCUCCGAUGCCCCCGGAGUUAGUGGGCGUGGAGGCGUAAUACACUCACCUCUCCUAAUGAGGCUGUUGAAGCUAAUUCAGGACAAACCCGUCAACGUUUCAGACAGACGGCAUUUCAUAAAAGUAAGUACACCCCUCACGUUUUUGUAAAUAUUUUAUUUUUUGUAUCUUUUCAUAAAACAACACUGGCAAAAAAUCACUUUGAUACAAUAUAAGGUAGUCAGGGAAACGCCUGUAUAACAGUUUGUUAUCUGUCCCCUCAAAAUAACUCGACACAGAGCCGUUAACGUCUAAACACGGGAUUUUACUCCGUAUUCUUGAUGACAUCACAGAGCUGGUGGACGUUAGAGACCUUGGGCUCUUCCCCCUUCUGUUAGAGGAUUCAUACAGCAGUAUGUUUGUCAUAAGGUACCAUGUUGAACCUCUAGUAUUGGUAAGUAUGAGCCAGGACUCCAAUCUGAAAAUGACUGCUCCCCAUUUAUUAGCAUUAGAGACCUUCUAACGCUAAUAAAUCACAGGACAUCCAGGAGGGCAAAUGGGUGAUUUGACGAAAUUUGGACAUUUUGGUUUGGUAACUUCUGUAUCCCAUGGUCUAGACAUAACGGCUGUGCUUGGAGGCAUUUGAGUGGCCAGUAAAAUGAAACGGUCAUGCGAGCGCUACACUGACUACUUCAGACUGUAUUAAAGAGUCAUAUCUUAUAUGUUUUUAUCAAGAUACAAAAAAGUGAUGGGUGUACCCAUUUUUAUGUGAUGCUGUGUAAAUUAAGUGUUUGAGAAGAAAUAUCUUUAUAAUAUAGAUUGUUUCUCCGGCUGAUUGUUCUGUGUUUGAAUUGUCUUAACCAACCAGUCUGUGGUAUUUUUUAUUUUCCUUUAUCUUCAUCUGCCAAACAUUGAUCCAGGGGCAUCACUGAAGGAUGUAAAGAUGCCUAACAUGCUGGUACCCCCUCAUCACUUACAUCCUGUACUGUAUGCAGUAUUUAGUUAUUUUGUCUGUUUUAUAGCCACUCCACCAUCUCAGGUCUCCCACUGUGGCAGAGUCGGCUGCAAACGUCUCUGCUUGGCAAAGUUCUGAUGAUUGAAUCCAGGGUGUCCCUUAGCGGUUGUGGACAGAUCAGUUGGUCACGUAUCAGGUUUGGGUUAAUCGCUAUUCUACAGAAUAUUUGAAUUCAUUAUGUGUUUGGAAAGAUAAAUGUUUUUUCCCUUUAUUUCCAAGCUGCACUGAUUUUUGUUCCUGUCUGGAGAUUUUCAUUAGAUUCUAGCUUGUGUUUGUUUGUUUUUUGAUAUGAGGAAUACGUUGAAGACACUGUGUUAGAUGAGAUCUCCCUGUCUACCCUGAAGAUGUUCUUAUAUUGUAUAUAGUUUACUUCAUGUGAGAGUUUGUGCAGAAAAAGAUGAAUAGAAGACUGAAAGUUUCUCACAGCAAACCCCAUCCAUGCAAAGAAAUCGUCUGACCUCUGCUGCAUCUCUGAUUCUCAAGCUGUGUGGGAUACAUAAGCACAACUAUACUCGUGAUCAUUUAUUUUUGCCAGGGAGUUGUGCAGCAUAAUAAACUGUCUUUAAAGUCGUCUAAUAAUGGGGGAAGUGCAGUCUUUCUCUUCCUUUCACGAUUGUGGAAAGUGUCCCAACUCUAAACCUGCAUUAAAAGUCUGAAUUGCAUUACACUGUCAGACAGCUUCACUUCUUAUUUAUCUAUAAACCUCAUAUCGUGUCAAACUAACUGACUUGAUUUAUAGAAAGGACAUUUUUGAACAUGUAUGGACUUUCUACUAUUGAACCUCUGACAUUGUAUCACUGUGCUAUAAGUCUGAACUGAUAACCUGCCAUGUUUUUACUUUUUUAACAAUCAUAUCAUGUCAGCGUAAUGUAAUGUUUAGUCUUUUAAUAAAGGUCUUUUAUAUCAGA